CGGGCCGCCGCGGCCAUGAGCUACGAGCACCGGCGGGACUGGGGCCGCGGGCGCGGCGGCGAUGGCGGCUCGGGCUCCGGCGGCCCCUCGGCGGGCGGGCCCGGCGGGCGCGGCGGGCGCGGGCGGCACCCGAGCCACCUGAAGGGCCGCGAGAUCGGGCUGUGGUACGCGCGGAAACAGGGCCAGAAGAGCCGCGACACCGACCGGCAGCAGAGAGCUGUCGUGCGCAUGGACGAGCGCAGGGAAGAGCAGAUCGUGCAGCUCCUGAAUUCCGUCCAGGCCAAGAACGACAAAGAGCAAGAAUCCAUGUCCUGGUGGUCCGGGGAUGAGGACAGCCCUACAGAACAGCCUGUGAAAGUGAAACCAGAUGCUGAAAAAGCUCCUGUAAGACGGAGACCGGCCUUGGAAAAAACAUCCCUGGACCGGGAUGUGGAAUAUCUCUUUGAAAAAAAUGAGCAGGAUACUGAUUUAGAUGAGCAGCUGAAAGAAGACUUAAAGAAGAAGAGAUCUGAUCCCAGAUAUGUUGAAAUGCAGAGGUUCCGAGAGAAGCUCCCCUCCUAUGGCAUGAGAGAGGAGCUCGUGAACCUGAUCAACAACAACCGCGUGACUGUGAUCAGUGGGGAGACCGGCUGUGGGAAGACCACCCAGGUGACCCAGUUCAUCCUGGACGACCACAUCGAGCGAGGGAAGGGCUCCACGUGCAGGAUCGUCUGCACCCAGCCCAGGAGGAUCAGUGCCAUCUCCGUGGCUGAGAGGGUGGCUGCUGAGAGGGCAGAGGCCUGUGGCAGUGGCAAGAGCACGGGCUACCAGAUCCGCCUGCAGAGUCGGUUGCCCAGGAAACAAGGCUCGAUUUUGUACUGUACCACGGGAAUUGUCCUGCAGUGGCUCCAGUCAGAUAAGCACUUGUCCAGCAUCAGUCACAUAGUCCUUGAUGAAAUCCAUGAAAGAAAUCUUCAGUCAGAUGUUUUAAUGAGCAUUAUUAAAGAUCUCCUAAAUAUUCGACUGGAUUUGAAAGUCAUACUCAUGAGUGCUACUCUAAAUGCAGAGAAGUUUUCUGAGUACUUUGAUCAUUGUCCAAUGAUUCACAUCCCUGGGUUCACUUUCCCGGUGGUGGAAUAUCUGCUGGAAGACGUCAUUGAGAAGUUGAGGUACAGCCCCGAGGGCACGGAGCGGCGGCCGCGCUGGAAGAGGGGUUUCCUGCAGGGCCACGUGAGCCGGCCCGACAAGGAGGAGAAGGAGGAGAUCUACCGCGAACGAUGGCCCGAGUACCUGCGGCAGCUCCGGGGCAGGUACUCAGCAAGCACUAUUGAUGCCCUGGAAAUGAUGGAUGAUGACAAGGUGGACCUUGACCUCAUAGCAGCUCUGAUCAGACACAUCGUGCUGGAAGAGGAGGACGGUGCAAUUCUGGUGUUUCUUCCGGGCUGGGACAACAUCAGCACUUUGCACGAUCUCUUGAUGUCACAGGUCAUGUUUAAGUCAGAUAGGUUUAUUAUCAUACCUUUGCAUUCACUGAUGCCUACUGUUAACCAGACUCAGGUGUUUAAGAAGACCCCACCAGGAGUAAGGAAAAUCGUGAUUGCAACCAACAUUGCAGAGACCAGCAUCACAAUCGAUGACGUCGUGUUUGUUAUAGAUGGGGGGAAGAUAAAGGAGACCCACUUUGACACGCAGAACAACAUCAGCACGAUGGCAGCAGAGUGGGUGAGCAAAGCCAACGCCAAGCAGAGGAAGGGCCGGGCAGGAAGAGUUCAGCCAGGCCACUGUUACCAUCUGUACAACGGGCUGCGUGCCAGCCUUCUGGAUGAUUAUCAGUUACCAGAGAUCCUGAGGACGCCUUUGGAGGAACUCUGCUUACAAAUCAAGAUCCUGAAGCUUGGUGGAAUCGCCUAUUUCCUGAGCAAACUAAUGGACCCGCCGUCUCGUGACGCUGUCACGCUGGCCAUAAACCAUCUCAUGGAGCUGAAUGCUCUGGACAGGCAGGAGGAGCUGACUCCCCUGGGUGUCCAUCUUGCACGGCUGCCAGUGGAGCCGCACAUUGGGAAGAUGAUCCUCUUUGGAGCCCUGUUCUGCUGCCUGGACCCCGUGCUCACCAUUGCAGCCAGCCUCAGCUUCAAGGACCCCUUUGUCAUCCCUCUGGGCAAAGAGAAAGUCGCAGAUGCAAGAAGAAAGGAGCUGUCAAAGAACACGAAAAGCGACCACCUGACUGUGGUGAAUGCUUUCACUGGCUGGGAAGAGACCCGGCGUCGUGGCUUCAGGACGGAGAAAGACUAUUGCUGGGAAUAUUUCCUGUCCUCCAACACCCUGCAGAUGCUGCACAACAUGAAAGGGCAGUUUGCUGAGCACCUCCUGGCAGCGGGCUUUGUGAGCAGCAGAGACCCCAAGGAUCCCAAAUCGAACACCAACUCGGAUAACGAGAAGCUGCUCAAAGCUGUCAUCUGUGCUGGCCUCUAUCCCAAAGUGGCAAAGAUCCGGCCCAGCUUCAGCAAAAAGAGAAAAAUGGUGAAAGUUUGCACCAAGACAGAUGGCUCAGUUAAUAUUCAUCCCAAAUCCGUUAAUGUGGAGGAAACCGAGUUCCAUUACAACUGGCUCGUGUACCAUCUGAAGAUGAGGACCAGCAGUAUUUACCUGUAUGAUUGUACAGAGGUGUCUCCGUACUGCCUGCUGUUCUUCGGAGGGGAUAUAUCCAUUCAGAAGGAUAAGGACCAGGACACCAUCGCUGUGGAUGAGUGGAUUGUUUUCCAGUCUCCAGCGAGAAUAGCACACUUGGUGAAGAAUUUAAGACAAGAACUCGAUGAUCUUCUCCAAGAAAAAAUAGAGAAGCCUCACCCCGUGGACUGGGACGACAGGACGUGCAGGGACACGGCGGUGCUGACGGCGAUCAUAGACUUGAUCACCACGCAGGAGAACGAGGGGCUCCGCAACUACGCCCCGCGCUUCCAGGGCGAGCGCUGCAGCUGA